CCCAGUCACCGAGCCGCCCGGCGGGGGCGGAGCGAGCGCCGCAGACCUGGGACCCGCGUUUGAUCGCGCAGUUCUCACGGCCUGGUUUGGGCGGACCGCGGAGCAGACCCCGGCCGCGAUCCCUAUGGGGCUGUGUUUUCCCUGUCCCACCGAGGCCGCGCCUCCCUCGCCGGACCUGGAAGAAAAAAGAGCGAAACUUGCAGAGGCUGCAGAGAGGAGACAGAAGGAGGCUGCAUCUCGGGGUAUUCUGAAUGUUCAGUCAGUGGAAGAAAAGAGAAAGAAAAAGGAAAAACUAGAAAAAGAAAUGGCUACAUCUGGACCCCCACCGGAAGGUGGACUUAGGUGGACAGUUUCAUAAAGCAUAGCAUGAAUGGAAGAGUCUACUGCCAGUAACUAAUAUCUGCAAUCAAGUGGACAUCCUCAAUUUAAUUUCUUCCUUUGAAUAAAUGAAGAUUCAGAAUUUGUAAUUUUAGUGCUCUCAAGUGCAGUGCUUUUUCAAAAUUGAAUAUUGAAAAUGCUUUUGAUUGUUAGAGUUAGAAAAUGGCCAGACCUUUCAUUAAAUUCUUGUUUUCCCUA